AUGCGCGCGUUAGAAAAGUUGAUGCGAGGGCGCUACCUCCGACGCCCUUCGUUUGACAUUCAUAGAAUUACAUACCAAACCUCGAAAUUGUCAUCAUCAUCAUCACUGGUAAACUCAGUUAUACGUCACGUAAAUCCGUUUAAUUUGCAGAGAUACGUAAUAACUGCAAGUGGUUAUCCAACAGCAAGGUUUUUUACUCAGCGAAGUAAUUACAGUCUUGGGAAAAGCGUCAUGGCGUUGAAUAAACUCAGCAUUGACAAAGUAGACCUCACCGACAAAAGGGUCUUGAUAAGAGUCGACUUCAAUGUGCCGUUGAAGGAGGGCAAGAUCACGAACAAUCAGCGAAUUGUUGCUGCUCUGGAUACUGUUAAGUAUGCGUUGGAUAAAAAGGCCAAGUCUAUUGUGCUUAUGUCACAUCUAGGACGUCCUGAUGGCUCACGUAAUACUAAAUACACGCUCAAGCCAGUUGCUGAUGAGCUUAAAACACUUCUGGGUAAAGACAUUUUGUUUCUUGAUGACUGUGUUGGUCCGGAUGUUGAGAAAGCUUGUGCUGAUCCUGCACCUGGAACUAUUAUUUUACUUGAGAACUUGAGGUACCAUGUUGAAGAAGAAGGCAAAGGUGUUGGCCCUGAUGGCAGCAAGAUUAAAGCUGACAAGGCUAAAGUUACUGAAUUCCGUGCAUCGUUGAGAAAACUUGGUGAUGUUUACAUCAACGACGCUUUUGGUACUGCUCACCGUGCUCACAGUUCUAUGAUGGGCGAUGGAUUUGAUGUACGUGCCAGCGGAUUUUUGUUGAAAAAAGAGCUUGAGUACUUUGCUAAAGCUCUUGAUAAUCCUGAAAAACCAUUCCUUGCAAUUCUUGGCGGUGCCAAGGUUGCUGAUAAAAUACAGCUGAUCAAUAACUUGUUGGACAAAGUCAACGAAAUGAUUAUUGGUGGUGGUAUGGCUUACACUUUCCUAAAGAUAUCCAAAGGAAUGAAAAUUGGAAAUUCACUGUUUGAUGAAGAAGGAUCAAAAAUUGUAAAUGAUCUUCUGGAAAAAGCUAAAAAAAAUAACGUCCAAGUUCAUCUUCCCGUAGACUUCGUAACAGCUGAUAAAUUCGCUGAGGAUGCAGCUGUAGGAGCAGCUGAUGUAGAGUCAGGAAUUCCCGAUGGCUGGAUGGGACUUGACGUUGGUCCUAAAUCUCGUGAAUUAUUUGCUGAGCCAAUCAAGAGGGCCAAAGUAAUUGUAUGGAAUGGACCAGCCGGUGUCUUUGAGUUUGACAAUUUCAGUAAAGGUACAAAAAGUUUGAUGGACAAUGUUGUUGAGGCAACAACUCGUGGAGCUAUCACAAUCAUCGGUGGUGGUGACACAGCAACUUGUGCUGCUAAAUGGAAGACUGAGGAUAAAGUUAGUCACGUAAGUACUGGAGGUGGUGCCAGUUUAGAGCUACUCGAAGGUAAAGUUCUUCCUGGAGUCGAUGCACUCUCCCCUGCUUAA